AUGCAAGGAUUCAGAAAGAGGUUCCAGCGGGAUUUGGAUAAGUAUGUUCCUGCUCUUAGGGAGCAUUAUCUUAAGAGAAAUACAGCCAUGAACUUGCCUACUUUACCCAAGGCUACCCAUCUUCCCAAGGCGGAAAAACGUUUAACUUAUAGAGAACAAGAGGUUGCUAAAGGUGAUUUGAUAUAUAUCACUAAAGGCCAAGGAAAAGGUAAAAUUGUCACUGUGGAAUCAUACAGCAAGGACAGAGAUUCUGUGUAUUGUUCUGAGGUUUAUCAAGAAGUUGUGGUUCCAAAAAUGUAUUGGAUGGAGGGUCAACAAUCACAUCUCCUGAGAAUCCCUCUGGCCAUACCUCGUGCUAACUUCAAAUUGGCUGCUAAGGACAAAGAUGAGAAUGGAAAGACCUAUUAUGUGGUAGCUGAUGAAGUUGUCAUGAAAGGUGUAAGUUAUGAUGAUAGAUACAGACAGUGGAUGCCCCGUAGGUUCGUUAAGCAUCACGAAAGUGUCGAGAUCCCAUGGCCAACACCUCCAGAUGUCAAGGAAGAUUACCUUUCGACUUCUCAGGAUGCUGUUCUUGAAAAGUCAUAUGAACUACAAACAAUUGCUCAAUCACCAUUACCUAAGGGUGUCCUUUCUGAAUUGAGAAACCCUCACUCCAAGCACAAGAAGAGAGUAUUAUCCGAAAUGGAAGCAAGAAUGAUCAAUGGUCCUAAGAUGCCAUUAUCUACAGAGCAAAAGAUUUACUUGGCGAAGAAGGCUGCUCAACCUGAAAAGAAGCUCUCCAAAUUAUCUGAAGAAGUGGAGGACUUUAUUGGUCAAAAGGUAGCUGACCAUCUUAAUAAGAUCACCAAUCCUGCAUUGAAAACUCAUUUGGAAGCUUUAUCUAAUGUUAAAGUGCCAGAUUUCGAAAAGACUAUCAAGAAAAUUGAACAUUAA